AACAAGAGAAAAAUAAAAGAAAAUCAAAGCCUUACCACAUGUGAUCAACCCCCCCCCCCCUCCCAGCAACCCCCACUCAUAACCCCACAUACGCAUACCCCCCCCCACAUAUGUGACCCCCUGCCCACCCACCCCCCACAUAGGCAAACCUCAUAAUUCAACAUGAGGCCUCAUAUGUUGUUCUACUUAUGGAUGAUGGUGGUGGCGGUGCUGGCUGCUCGGUCCGCCGUAUCGCUUGAAACAGACCAGUGCGACGCCGCCCUCGGAAUGGAAUCUGGCGCCAUCCCCGACGAACACAUCUCGGCGUCCUCCUACUUCGACGCCGCCGUCAACGCCAUCUAUGGGAGAGCGCGCGUGGAGGCGGGCGGCGGCGCGUGGUGCCCCCGCGACAUGAUCCACAACGAGGGCAAGGAGUUCCUGGAGGUGAACCUGGGCGGCCUGCACGUGGUGGCCAAGGUGGAGGUGCAGGGGCGCUUCGGCAACGGCCAGGGGCGGGAGUUCGCCCGCCAGUACAAGCUGCAGUUCUGGCGGCCCGGACUCGCGCACUGGGUCACCUACUCGGACGGACGCGGCCACGAGCUCCUCGAAGGGAAUUCAAACACCUACCUCGCCCAGAGCUCUCAGCUGAGCCCCCCCAUCAUAGCCUCGAGGGUGAGGUUCGUCCCUUUCAGCCACUACUCCCUCACCGUCUGCAUGAGGGUUGAGGUCUACGGAUGCCGGUACACAGACGGGCUGCUGUCGUACUCGAUGGCCGACGGCGACCCGCGCGGCGGCGACGGCGCGCUGCGCGACCUGACCUACGACGGCGCGCGCAAGGACGGCUGGCUCUCGGGCGGCCUCGGCCAGCUCACCGACGGCGAGACCGGACACACCAACUUCCGCGUCGACGCCCUCGGAAUAGGGAGAGGCUACGAGUGGAUCGGCUGGAAGAACGACACGCGGCAGACGCGGCCCGUCGAGAUCACGUUCGAGUUCGACUCCGUCAGGAACUUCUCGGCCGUCCACAUCUACACCAACAACUUCUUCACUAGAGACACCCAGGUGUUCUCCCACGCCCGCGUCUCCUUCAGCGUGGGCGGCGAGCGGUACGACACCCAGCCGGCCGUCGAGUACGAGUACGUGGUGGACCGCAUCUUCGAGAACGCGCGCAACGUCACCAUCCGCCUCCGCAACGCCGCCGCCAAGUUCGUGAAGCUGCAGCUGUUCUUCGCGCUGCGCUGGAUCAUGAUCUCCGAGGUCGCCUUCGACUCCGUUCCCUGCGGCUGCAACCUGACGGACGAGGAGUCGCUGGCGCUGCCGACGGAGACGCUGAAGGAGAAGAGCGUGCUGGGCGAGGAGGUGCAGGAGUCGCAGCCCGUCGUGCCCGCCCACUCGUCCUCGUCGGGGCUGCUGGUGGGCGGGCUGGCCACGUUGGGCGUGAUCUUCACCGUGGUGCCCGUGGCGCUGUGCGUCGUCUACUACCGCGUGCGGCUGUCCAGGAAGGCCAAGACGCCGCCGUCGACCAUCAACAGCGUCGACGCCAAGAAGGUGUCCAUGAAGAUGAAGGACCUGCACAUCAACAUGAACCUCUCGCCCAUGGCCAACGGCUACUCGCGGGCCAAGGGCGAGCUGUACGGCCACGUGGCCAUGGACGAGGAGGCGGCGGCCAUGUACCAGGAGCCGUUCAAGGGGCCGCUGCACAACCCCGGCUACUACACGCUGGGCCCCGCCGGCGCCGCCUCCGAGACGCCCCUCAAGUGCCCGCUGCCGCUCGACACCGACGACUCCGUGGACUACGCCGUGCCCGACGUCAACAUGACGCCGCCGCCGCCCUUCUCCGAGGUGUACUCGCCGCCGCCGCCCGUGCCGCUCACGCGCCCGCCCUCCACGCUGCCCACCAUCCGCACGCGCAAGGACUCGCCGCUGCCUCCGCCCGUGCCCGCCAUGCCCCCGCCGCCCGAGCAGGAGUACUACGCCGCGCCGCAGCUGUGCCACGCGUCCAACAUCCAGGGCGUGACGGGCUCCGUGAUCUACGCCGUGGCCGACGCCGCCUGCGCCGGCGGGAAGGAGCCGCCGCUGGCCGAGGUGCCGCAGCACCGCAUCCGCGUGCUGGAGACCCUGGGCGAGGGCGUGUUCGGCCAGGUGCAGCUGUGCGAGAUCGAGGAGGCGGACGGGCCGCGGCUGGUGGCCAUGAAGAGCCUGCGCGCCGGCGCCAAGGACACCACCAAGAAGGACUUCCGGCAGGAGACGCGCGUCCUCAGCCGCCUCGACGACCCCAACAUCGUGAGGCUGGUGGGCGUGGUGACGCGCGCCGACCCUCUGUGCAUGCUGCUCGAGUACAUGCACCACGGCGACCUGUACCAGUUCCUGCGGCGGCAUCAGGGCGAGGGCACCGUCACGCCCGUCAGCUUCACCGUGCCCUGCGACGGCGGCGACGCCCAGCCCGUGCUCAGCUACGGCGCGCUCAUCUACAUCUCGUCGCAGAUCGCCUCGGGCAUGAAGUACCUGGAGAGCCUGAACGUGGUGCACCGCGACCUGGCGACGCGCAACUGCCUGGUGGGCGGCGGCCUCUGCGUCAAGAUCUCGGACUUCGGCAUGAGUCGGCCGCUCUACUCCAGCGACUACUACCGCCUGAGCGACUCGCGCGCGCUGCUGCCGAUCCGCUGGAUGGCGUGGGAGGCCAUCCUGCAGGGGCGCUUCUCCACCAAGAGCGACGUGUGGGCCUUCGGCGUGACGCUCUGGGAGAUCCUGACGAUGGCGCGGCAGCAGCCCUUCGACGAGCUCAGCGACGACGGCGUCCUGGAGAACGUGUCUCACUGUUACCAUGGCGACGGCUCCGGCAUGAUGCUGCUGCCGCAGCCGCCGCUCUGCCCGCGCGAGAUGUACGACAUGAUGGCCGCCUGCUGGAGGCCCAACCCCCGCCAGCGGCCGCCCUUCUGGGAGGUCCUCAUGUUCCUGCAGCGCAAGAACCUCGGGUACACUGUGGAUUACGUCGAGUGAAGCGUUCCGAACGCGAGAGCCCUUCACACUUACGAUCUGAAGGAGUGAAAACGUUCGUGGAAAAUGGUGAUUCUA